GAAAAAACAAUUUUUACUCCAUUACAUAUUAGCAUUUUUACUCAAGGCACAGGACUUCCAUUAGACAAAGCAUGGCUGAUAAAGGAGAACAAUUUCCGGGCAGCCAGCAGCCUGGUGACACCAAGAACACCGCCGAGAGACUGUCUGAGAGCACGAAGUCCGGAUCUGAGGGCGCCAAGCAGAAGGCCCAGGGAGUCAUGGACCAAGCCAAGGAGACCGCUAGCAAAGCGACCGAGUCGAUGUCCAAGUCCAUGGGAAUGGGUGGUGAACAGAAGUAAACGCUUCAUGCCGUAUCAACUGUUCUUCUUUUGGACGCUCGUUUCGUCAAGGAUGCUGGUGCUCGUUGGUGGAGAUACGGCCUAGCUCAAUGUCGAAUAAUGGAAUAAGAUGGUUAAUACCGUUAUCUGAAGUAAAA